GAAGGGGUUCCGGCAAUCGAAUAAAAGGGGGAAGGAGGUGCAAUUUCGCGCGUUGACCGGAUUCUCAAAUAUUGUCGACAAUUUUCUCAUCAUUUAGAAUCGUCGUAUAGUGAAAAUAAAUUGUUCCAGCGAAUCUUUCCGUCCGUGAUUAUAAAAAAUGUCCGUCAUGGGAAAGCCUGUUCUCUACUCCUAUUGGAGGAGUUCCUGUUCGUGGAGGGUGCGAAUUGCAUUGAAUCUAAAGGAAAUACCGUACGAUAUAAAACCGAUAAGUUUAGUGAAAAGCGGUGGCGAACAACAUAGCAACGAAUUUCGAGAAAUAAAUCCAAUGGAACAGGUGCCUGCCCUUCACAUCGACAAUCAUACUUUAAUUGAAUCUCUGAAUAUUCUGCAAUAUUUGGAGGAAACAAGACCACAUCGUCCACUGAUGCCAGCAGAUCCAGUGAAAAGAGCGCGAGUUCGAGAGAUUUGCGAAGUUAUAGCAAGUGGAAUUCAACCGCUUCAAAAUUUGGUUGUUCUCAUUUAUGUUGGCGAGGAGCGUAAAAAAGAAUGGGCACAACACUGGAUCACACGAGGAUUUACAGCUGUGGAGAAAUUGUUGUCAUCGAGCGCGGGAAAAUAUUGCGUGGGCGAUGAAAUAACAUUGGCCGACUGCUGUUUGGUGCCACAAAUAUUCAACGCAAGAAGGUUUCACGUUGAUUUGAGACCAUUCCCAACAAUUUUGAGAGUCGAUCGCCAUUUGGAAAAUCAUCCGGCCUUCACUGCCGCUCAUCCCAAUAACCAGCCUGACUGUCCGCCCGAGGCAACCAAGUAGCAAGCAAGGCAGACCACACUCUUUCUCUUCUAAAAAUUUUUCCUCUGGAGAAAAAUUCAGAAGCUCGAAAGAUGGUGGUCACUUUUUUCAUUUUCACGGCUUUUUUGCGAUAAAAGACUUUUUUUCUACUUCUAUCAAGUUUUUUUUUAAUUAUUAAUUAUUAAUUAAAAAAUUUCGCUUUUUCAGAAUUUUCUUUAAAAAGGCUAAACAUUUUCCAUUUUUCAAUAU